AUGUCAAAAAAAAAAAAAAAUUCUAAAAAAAAUAAUAUUCAAAAAUAUUUUAAUCCUAAAAUUGUGACAAUAAUUUUAUUAUGCUCUUGUUAUUUUUUUUACAAUGUAUUCGGUAUUGUGUAUAUAAUAAUUGUUUUAAUUAUAUCCAUAUUUUUAAAUUUAGGUAAUAAUAACGAUAAUAAUAUAAGUGCAUAUUCUAUAUUCAAUAAAGGAAGAAAGUAUCUAAUUGGUGAUUUAAGAAUGAAUCAAAUAGAGAAAGAAUUUAGAAAUAGUAAAUUUAAAAAUGAUGACAGUGAUGAUAAUUUUUUAAGAUUUCAUGAUAUUGACAAAAAUAAGAUUUAUAUAAAAGGAUCAUCAAAAUAUAACAACAAAUUAUGUACUUGCGGUUCUAGGAAGAAAUUUAAAAAAUGUUGUGGAGUCAUUAAAAAUAAUUCAUCCGAUUUUUGA